AUGGCCGAGGACGAGCGCAUUCCGUUCUCGUUUCAACCAGACCGCUGGACCGAGAAGCCUCCGCAGUUCACGAGCCUGUCGCAAGACGAAGUCUGGCGGUAUUUGCGCCGAGAGACCGACUCGUUUCGGCAGGUCAACCGAGGAUGGGCCUUUAAGGAAGAAGGUUACGUCCGUAACGUGAGAUGGAACGCUUCGGACGACUCCCAAAUAUGCCUGGUCCGGGCUAUCUGCCUUCCGUCCAUGAAGAAGGCGCCGUACACCGUCUCGGCGUGGUUUGCCAGUGGCACCGGGCGCAUCAUGGGCGGCAGUUGCAGCUGUGUUGCUGGGCUCAGCGAGACCUGCCAUCACAUUGCAGCACUCCUGCUGACUGCAGAAGAGAGCUGCAAUGCAGGCGGCACUUCCUGCACUGACAUACCCUGCAUUUGGGCGGUGCCUCCUCAAGCCAAGAAGCCUGCUCCUCCGCAGCCGCUUGCAGACAUCACAUUCUGCAAGUAUUUGGUCAACCGGCCAGUGAGGGAGAAGAAGAGACGCUCCUACAACCCCUGCGAGGCUGUUGGCGGUGCAUCGUCGGAGCAGAUCCAGGCUCUGCGGGAUGGCCUCCGCAUUCGCACACCAGGUCUCUUAUGGCUCGAGUUCAGUGGUGCCGAGGAAGCCCGACCAGCGAGGCCACCACUGCCAAUAGCCGACGAUGAGGACCUGUGGAGCAGGAACGCCCGGGACUCUGUCUACAAGCACGCAGAGUCCCUACCUCCACUGACCGACGAAGAGCGGGCAGAGGUCACGCGGUCCACCAUCGGCCAAGCCGACAACCCCAGGUGGCAUGAGGAACGGCGAGGGAGAAUCACAGCAUCAGUGUUUUCCAAAGUCAUCAAGUGCGUGAAGCCAGAAUAUCUGGUGAAGGGAAUUUUGUAUCCCAGCCCAGACUCUGCAAGUGAGGCCAUGCGCUACGGGAGGAUGCACGAGGGCGACGCCGUUGCUGCCUACGAGCAACUCAUGGGUGCGCAGGUCGACUGUUUGGAGGUGCACGAGACAGGGCUCCACAUCCAUCCUGUGUACAGCUUUGUGGCUGCCUCACCGGACCGCAUCGUUACCAAGGAUGGCGAAGAGGGCCUUUUGGAGGUGAAGUGCCCGUCAUCUAAGGUGGGGCUAACACCUCUGGAGGCGUGCAAGCAGGACAAGAAGUUUUGCUGCGAGGAAGUUGGUGGAGAGAUCCGCCUAAAGAAACGUCAUGCCUACUACUACCAGGUUCAGGGUCAGAUGGCUGUGACUGGACACAAGUGGUGCGACUUCGUUGUCUGGACCAACAACAAGACGGUCGCCCGCUCUACGCACACAGAGACCAUCUUUUUCGACGAGAAGUUUGUCGAGGGUGAGCUCCUGCCAGGACUGCUGUACUUCGCUGAGGAUGCGGCCAGUCAGGACUUCGCGGAAGUCCUGACUGGCCGCAUCAGGCGACGAAGAGACCUAAUCGCACUCGGCCAGUAUGUCUCCUACAAGAAGUACUGCGCCGGCUUCUAUGUGGUGGAGGAUGGGCCUGGCCUCAAGAAGAAGCUGCGGAAGCUACAGUGAGGGACGUCUGCACCACGCUGUGGGCUUCCCGAAUCAAAACGGCUCUUUUAAGAGCCAC